CUUUACUUUACAAUAAAUAAAAUUACCUAUACCAUAUAAAACAAAAUUUGAAGAAAGAAUUAUGAAUAGAAGAUAAUUUUGUAUAUAAAUACGCAGACAUGGAUCAUAAAGGCAAAUAUGGUACUAUGCAUGUUAAUUUUUAUAUGUAAAUUUCUGUAUACCUGUAUAUUUUUUUCUUUUCUAAUCAGUCUGAUGAAAGUGUGUCAAAGCGUUUAAGAGUCAUGAAGAAAUCUGAGCAGUUGCUUCAUUACAACAAUGCAAAGACAAACAAAGAAAUGAAAUAUUUUAAUCUUGUUGGUGCUGAAGGUGAUAAUGCCUUGAUUGUCAGAUGCUACAUUACAUCUAAGUUCAACACUAUUGAACCUGGAUUGAGCUUCAGGUUUCAAAAUUUAACUGCUCGAGGGAAAAGUGAAUAUUGGGUAACCAGCAAAACAAUGAUAUCAUACACAUCUAUAGUUGAUGUAAGUCCAGAUAUUGUUCUUCCAUACCUGCCAGAAAAUUUACCACCAGAUGGACUAAGCCAUUCUCUACAGGAGGCAUUGAAUUCACCAGAAAAAUCAAGUGUCAUGGGAAAGAUUGUUAAGGUUUCACCUAUUAAGUAUGUUAGAGAUGGCAACCUUGCUGUCAAGUCAUUGUUUCUUAAAGACAACAGCACUGUUGCAAAAGUUUGCCUUUUUGACAAACUUGCAGAAAAUGAAUAUGCGGAAGGGAACAAUUUGCAGAUAACGGCAGUGUAUCCCAAGAAGUACCUGGGUGUUGAACAGUUAACAUCAACUGCAUUUACAAAAUGUCAGUUUUUGUCAGACCAAAACUUCCCUGACAAGACGGAAGAAGAUUUUCAAAGGUUUCAGAGCGAUGGAGAUUUUUUGGACUCUACCAGUGAUUUGAUGCCAUCGUUGGUAACAUUAACGGAUAUUUUGGACAUAGACAUCUACGAUGUGUGCGGUAAUGGUGCUUGUAAAGAAAAAAAGAUGAUCAAAGAAAAGUGCCCUGUGUGUGGGGGACACACAAAAAAGGUGGAGAAAAACAUCCGAGUAACUUUUCUGUUUUCAACAGAAUCGAAAAGAGAUGAAAAAGCAACCAUCUUUAAAGAUACUUUGAAGGAAGUCAUGAAGGACACAUUUACUAUUGAAUCAAAGGCAGCUUGCUUAAGUGUACUAUUAGAGAAGUUGCCAAUCAAGUUUAAAUCCCAAGUUUCGGCACGUAACACUUUUUACGAUAUUAGUGAUUGUUAAAUGUUGCAAGAUGGAUGCAGUCACACACCUUCAGUUCACCUACAAUGUAGAUGUUGCCCCUUUUUUUGGUAGCUAAUUUUUUUUUAAAGACCUUUUUAGAUUUGUUUGAAUUCAUUAUUACUAAGGAAGUAUUAGAAGUACAAGAAUGUAAGAUUUGCACUUACUGUAGGCGCAUGUAUUUUUGUGUCGCCUGCGUUACGCAGUGGCGACAUAUAGGGAUCACUAUCCAUCGUCUUGCGUCGUCGUCUGGCGUCGUC